AUGCAGCAGGAUCAGCGCAAGAAGAGUUCCGCAGAGGCCGAGUUUUUUACGGAGUACGGCGACGCAAGUCGAUACAAGAUUCAGGAAAUCGUUGGAAAGGGCAGCUAUGGUGUCGUGUGCUCCGCAAUAGACGUCCACACCGGAGAGAAAGUGGCGAUAAAAAAGAUACAUGAUAUCUUUGAGCACAUAUCUGAUGCUGCACGGAUUCUCCGUGAGAUCAAGCUUCUGAGGCUCUUAAGACAUCCUGACAUUGUUGAGAUCAAGCAUAUUAUGUUGCCUCCAUCGAGAAGAGACUUCAAAGAUAUUUAUGUCGUUUUUGAGCUCAUGGAGUCUGAUCUCCACCAGGUUAUAAAGGCUAAUGAUGACUUGACAAAGGAGCAUUACCAGUUCUUUCUUUACCAAUUACUCCGGGCUCUGAAAUACAUUCACACUGCUAAUGUUUAUCACCGGGACCUAAAGCCAAAGAAUAUAUUGGCAAAUUCCAACUGCAAACUGAAGAUUUGUGAUUUUGGAUUGGCACGAGUUGCAUUCAACGAUACCCCCACAACAAUCUUUUGGACGGAUUAUGUUGCGACAAGAUGGUAUAGAGCUCCAGAGCUCUGUGGUUCCUUCUUUUCAAAGUAUACACCCGCCAUUGAUGUCUGGAGCAUCGGAUGCAUCUUUGCUGAGGUCUUGACAGGAAAACCUUUGUUUCCUGGUAAAAAUGUUGUACAUCAGUUAGAUCUGAUGACUGAUCUUCUGGGCACACCAUCUAUGGAUACAAUCUCUCGGGUCCGGAAUGAGAAAGCAAGGAGGUAUCUGAGCAGCAUGAGAAAGAAAGAGCUGAUUUCAUUUUCGCAUAAAUUUCCCAAUGCAGAUCCUUUGGCCUUAGACCUGUUGCAAAGGCUUUUAGCGUUUGAUCCAAAGGACCGCCCAACUGCUGAAGAGGCAUUGUCUCAUCCGUACUUUAAAGGGCUUGCCAAGGUUGAGAGAGAACCAUCCUGCCAACCAAUCACAAAAAUGGAGUUUGAGUUUGAGCGUAGAAGAGUGACAAAAGAAGACAUAAGGGAGCUUAUAUUUCGUGAGAUAUUGGAAUACCAUCCACAAUUGCUCAAAGACUACACCAAUGGAACUGAAAGGACAACCUUUCUAUACCCAAGUGCUGUUGAUCAAUUUAGGAAGCAGUUUGCUCAUCUUGAAGAAAAUAGUGAGAACGGCCCUGUAGUUCCAAUGGAUAGAAAGCACACCUCUCUUCCUAGGUCUACUAUUGUUCACUCAGCUCCAAUUCAUGGCAAGGAACAACCCCGUAUUGGCCCAUCAAGGGAUAAGCCUUCGCCUGACGAGUCUUAUAAAAAUCAUCGAGAUUCAGAAAAAUAUUCUGGCAAUGUCCAGAGAACCUCACAGGCUCCACAAAGAGUGCCAACAGCAAGACCAGGAAGGGUUGUUGGUCCAGUUCUGCCUUACGAAAAUGGUGGCAUGAAGGAUACAUAUGACCCACGAAGAGUGGCAGCAAUGAACUCCGGUUAUCCUCCCCAACAACAAAUCCCGCAAAUAUACGGUUAUUAUCAGACACCGGCAAAGUCAGCUUGCUCCGAGCCAUCGCAGGCCGAAGUGUAUACGCUGCACCAGCAGGCCUAUGCUUGCGCAAACAGUUCAACUGUGCCUGAUGUUGCUCUGGACAUGAGAGCACCUCCCUUCCAUCAGUCAGCAGGGCCGAAAAGGGGUUCUUCUGAUAGGCUAUCAGCGGAAUCAAACCUAUACUCGAGAUCCCUUAAUGGCAUAGCUCCAACUACAACAGGAGUGGCGGCAAGUACUCACAGGAAGGUCGGCGUUGUUCCCUACGGUAUGUCGCAGAUGUAUUAG